AUGGCGGGAUCUGAAUACCGGGUGGUGUUUGAAAAGGGGGGUGUGUACCUGCACACGAGUGCCAAGAAGCACCAGGAUCCAGAUUCCCUCAUCGCUGGCGUCAUCCGUGUCGUAGAGAAGGACAAUGACGUUCUCCUGCACUGGGCUCCUGUCGAGGAGGCUGGCGAUUCCACCCAAAUCCUCUUCUCCAAGAAGGACUCCAGCGGGGGUGACUCCUGCACGUCGGAGGAGGAACCGACAUUUGACCCUGGCUAUGAACCUGACUGGGCCGUCAUCAGCACCGUGCGGCCACGGCCCCGCCCCACGGAGCCCAGGAAAGGUGCCGAGUCCAGUGCCUCCCAGGGAUCCUGGGCCUUCUCUGUGAGCCUGGGAGAGCUCAAGUCCAUCCGCCGUUCGAAGCCAGGCCUGAACUGGGCCUACCUGGUUCUGGUGACCCAGGCUGGAGGCUCCCUGCCUGCCCUGCACUUCCACUGUGGGGGCACCCGUGCCUUGCUCCGUGUCCUCAGCCGCUACCUUCUCUUGGCCAGCUCGCCACAGGACCCCCGCCUCUACCUUGUCUUCCCCCACGACUCUUCUGCUCUCUCCAAUUCCUUCCACCACCUCCAGCUCUUUGACCAGGACAGUUCCAACGUGGUAUCUCGCUUCCUCCAGGACCCCUACUCCACCACCUUCAGCAGCUUCUCCCGAGUAACCAACUUCUUCCGGGGAGCCCUGCAGCCGCACCUGGAAGGGGCCUCCUCCGACCUACCCCCGCCUCCAGAGGACGAGCCAGAGCCUGGCUUCGAAGUCAUUUCCUGCGUCGAGCUGGGGCCACGUCCGGCCGUGGAGCGGACCCCUCCAGUCACAGAGGAGGAGUGGGCGCACCACAUGGGCCCCGAGGGCCGCCUGCAGCAGGUCCCAGAGCUGAAGGCCCGCAUCUUCUCCGGGGGUCUGAGCCCCAGCUUACGGCGUGAAGCCUGGAAGUUCCUCCUGGGGUACCUCAGCUGGGAGGGCACAGCUGAGGAGCACAAGGCCCACGUGCGCAAGAAAACGGACGAGUAUUUCCGCAUGAAGCUGCAGUGGAAGUCCGUGAGCCCAGAGCAGGAGCGGAGAAACUCCUUGCUGCGGGGAUACCGCAGCCUCAUCGAGCGAGAUGUGAGCCGGACAGACAGAAACAACAGGUUCUACGAGGGCCCGGAGAAUCCCGGGCUGGGCCUGCUCAGUGACAUCCUCCUCACCUACUGCAUGUACCACUUCGACCUCGGCUAUGUCCAGGGCAUGAGUGACCUUCUCUCCCCGAUCCUCUACGUCAUUCAGAACGAGGUGGACGCCUUCUGGUGUUUCUGCGGCUUCAUGGAGCUUGUGCACGGGAACUUUGAAGAAAGCCAGGAGACCAUGAAGCGGCAACUCGGCCAGCUCCUGCUGCUCCUGAGGGUGUUGGACCCGCCGCUGUGCGACUUCCUGGACUCCCAGGAUUCUGGCUCCCUCUGCUUCUGUUUCCGGUGGCUGCUUAUCUGGUUCAAGAGGGAAUUCCCCUUCCCAGACGUCCUGCGGCUGUGGGAGGUGCUGUGGACUGGACUCCCCGGACCCAACCUGCACCUGCUGGUGGCCUGUGCCAUCCUGGACAUGGAGCGUGACCCCCUCAUGCUGUCCGGCUUCGGCUCCAAUGAGAUCCUUAAGCACAUCAAUGAGCUGACCAUGAAGCUGAGUGUGGAGGACGUGCUGACGCGGACCGAGGCCCUCUACCGGCAGCUGACCGCCUGCAAGGAGCUGCCCCACAAUGUGCAGGAGAUCCUGGGCCUGGUGUCACCUGCAGAGCCCCACAGCCCCUCGCCCUCAGUGUCCCCACUGCCUCUGUCCCCCACCCGCUCCCCACCGGCUGUGCCUCCCCCGGCCCACCCGGCCCCGCAGCCAGACAGCAGCCUGGAGAUCCUGCCAGAGGACGAGGACGCUGGCGACUCCUAG